AUGGGCUUGCUUCCUUUUGAUUUGAACCCUGUUUUGGGUGCUCUUAUUGCUCUUGGAUUAAUUGUUAUUUUAGCCAAGGCAUUUGGAGCAAAACCCUCCGAACCUGUACUGGUGAAGGAUCAAUUCAAGGAAUUUCCCUUGAUUUCCAAGACAGUCUUGUCGCAUAACACAGCAUCUUAUAGAUUUGGCCUUCCCAAGCCAACAGAUGUCUUGGGACUGCCAAUUGGUCAGCACAUUUCUAUAAAGGGAGUGGUGAACGGAAAAGAGUUCGUGAGAUCCUAUACUCCAACCUCUUUGGAUUCUGAUUCAGUAGGCUAUUUUGAAUUGUUGAUCAAAUCAUAUGAACAAGGUAAUAUUUCCAAACUAAUUGGGGAAUUGGAAAUUGGUGACAAAAUUCAGGUCCGUGGACCCAAGGGUUUUUACACGUACACACCAAACAUGAAUUCUGAAAUCGGCAUGAUCGCAGGUGGUACCGGUAUUGCGCCCAUGUAUCAAAUCAUCAAGUCAAUUCACGCUAAUCCCUCCGACAAAACCAAAGUUUUCUUGGUUUAUGGAAAUCAAACCGAAGACGACAUUUUGUUGAAGAAAGAAUUGGACGCUAUAGUUUCUUCAAAACCAGAUCAAUUUAAGGUCCGCUACUUGCUAGACAAGCCAGCGAGAGACACUUGGGAUGGUGGUAUUGGAUAUGUCACUACUGAAGUGAUGAAGGAAUAUUUGCCGGCCUCUUCAGAUUCGGUCCAAUUACUGGUGUGUGGGCCACCAGGGAUGGUCUCAUCGAUCAAGAGAAACUCUCAAAGCCUUGGUUUUGCGAAGGCUAAGCCAAUUUCCAAGAUGGGCGAUCAAGUGUUUAUCUUUUGA